AUGCCUACCACCAACAACACCACCCCAGGCAUAGGCCGCCUCCUGAGCAUCCUGGCCAUCCUGACGGCCCUCCUCUCGUCGGUAGUCUACCUGGCCGAGCAGAACCUGGAGCGCUUCUACAUCUUCGACAAGGAUCACCUGCACGACCUGGCCAAGCGCGGCAUCGCCGAGCACGGAAACAACACGCGCGGCGUGGUCGACUACAUCGUCACCGAGCUGAGCGAGAGGUCCCCAGCCCACGUCAACCUCGAAGAGGAUUGGGUCUUUAACAAUGCCGGUGGUGCCAUGGGUGCCAUGUACAUUAUUCACGCCAGCGUGACUGAGUACCUCAUCGUCUUUGGAACAGCCAUCGGGACGGAGGGUCACACCGGCCGCCACACGGCAGACGACUACUUCCACAUCCUGUCGGGCGUGCAGACGGCCUACGUACCGGGAGAGUACGAGCCAGAGGUCUACCCGGCCGGGAGCGUGCACCACCUCCGACGCGGCGAGGCCAAGCAGUACCGCAUGCCCGAGGGCUGCUUCGCCCUCGAGUACGCCCGCGGUUGGAUCCCCCCCAUGCUCUUCUUCGGCUUCGCCGACGGCCUGUCCAGCACCCUCGACUUCCCCACCCUGUGGAAGACGACCUACAUUACCGGUCGAGAGAUGAUUUCCAACCUGCUCAAGGGCAAGUUCUAA